CUGCACGCUUGCAGGUGCCUGAACGCUCCACACACACAACACAACGCCAUCUUCACAACCGACAUUGCACAUUCCAGCAUAUUAGCUGCCGACACUCACUAUCGACAAUCGCAUUACUACUAUCAACAUGGGUGACCUCACCGAGCAACAGAAUGAGCCUUUGGCCUCGAUCAGCAAAGAGGAGGCCCAGUCUCCACGCGGCCAAUCGGCCGAGGAAUCGCAGGAUGAAGUGGCUACACUUCCAGCCGACAACGCGGUUACUCCUGGCGAAGGUGUAGAUGCUGCUGCAACGUCAGCAACUGCCGGAGAGCUGGUUGCAAGCUUUCCAACUUCACCUCUGCCACAAGUCGGAGAAGUUGCAUCUGAGGCAGCUCCGACCUCCUCUGAAUGUACAGAAGUCUCAAGUCCGCUACCUGCGCUGGUUACGGAAGCCGCGCCUCAGCCUCAGCAUGAGGAUCCGCCACAUGCAGCCGGACUCGUCGAAGACCCGUUGGAGACCGGCGUACCCUCUGCCAAGCAAGAUAAAGGCAAAGGGCGCGCAGUCUCACCCCCAGAGCUGGCCGAACCAAAGCAACCUGCUUGGCGCCUAUCGCCUCAGAACGCGGACGGCUUGUUUCGUGUACCCAGUCUGGCAUUGACAAACGCGUCUGAGAGCCGCACCGUUCUUCUGCCUGCCUCGCCUCAAACGACAAAAGCACCUGUGAGAGGAGUUGGCCAGGUCCGUCUCACUGUCAGCGAAGGGUCCGAUGACUAUCCGAAGAUCGUCAGUCCACGUACCAUACGCCGCAGAGGCAGUCCAGGGUAUGAGCCACACCGUAAUUUACCCCGGCCCCAGAAUAUGAGCGACCACCGUUCCGUUACCCUGUAUGCGGGGAACCCGCUCUUCCGUCUCUGCAAGUCGGUACCUUACAUACUUGGACCCCUGGUACUAGUCACGCGGCUCCAGCUCAUUGUUGAGACACCAACUCUACUGCCAGAUGAGGUCAAAGAUCUGGUAGCCAGCAGUGGGCUUGAUGUUACCUUGCUGGCUGAAUACGACCUGGCGUUGUUGAACAUCUUGGGCUGCCUUUGGAAUGAUUAGGAAUCCAACCCCUAUAGAGAGUCCGGAUGGCUCACUACAGGCCUUCCGACGCAAUUGAAAGACGAAGCGACCUACACAGACAUGCGGUUG